AUGAAGCUGAAAGAAGCGACAUUGCCAGGUUCUGGUGAAAUACCAGCAAAGUUGUUGAAGGAGUUAGCCACAGAAUUGGCGGAACCUCUAUAUCUUCUCUCUCAAGCCUCUCUUGAUGCAGGCAGACUGCCUCCUGAGUGGAAGACUGCGUGGAUUUCACCGGUAUACAAAAAUGGCAGUCGCGUUUCCGCAAACGACUACCGACCGGUAAGCCUUACCUUCAUUUACUGCAAUGUUAUGUAGCGAAUUAUCAAAAGCCAGCUGAUGCGGUUUUUAGAGCAAAACCAUCUCCUGUCUAUUGAGCGGCGUGGAUUCCGCAGAGGACGGUCCUGCUUGACCAAUUUACUCUACUGUAUAAAAACGGUGGACCCGAGCGAUUGA